AUGAAAAAUACUUCAACAAGUUUCGGCAAUAAAACAGGAGGUUCCCUCGGGAAUACAGCUAAUUUACCUAAAAGUUUGCUUAAUAAAAAAAACCUGAAACCAUCAGAUGUAAUGAUCGAGGAAACAAAAAUGAUGGAAGAUCGCUUGGAAAUGAUUAAGAAAGUAAUGGAGCAAGAAAAGGAAAAGAGAGACUAGAUGAAGUAGUCAAAUUAGGGAACUAUGUGGAGAUCAGCUACAACUAAAUAAACAAUUAAUGGAUAUUCCUAGAUGGUGUUGCAACAUCAUAAAUAAAAGUAACCGAACCUUCCACCAACCACCUUAAUCCUCAAAGAUGAUGAAAGCGAGAAUCGCAAUACUUAAAAAUAAACGAAUAAAGGAAUGAAAGGAUUUAUAAACACUUAAACUCUUAAAAAAGAAAUUUUAACAGACUCAAAUAAUUCAUAGGCCUCAAUGUAAACAUAAAUUUCCGCGAGCAUUCAUUCAAAUUAACCCUUGGCAGCAGCAAAUAAUUUAUCAAAAGCUUUGCAAGAUUAGAAUGAUUAGUUUCAUGAAGUCGAUGAGUUUUUAAAGGAACUAAAUAUGCUGAAGUACAAAGAUACCUUCUUAGAUAAUGGGGUUGAAGAUAUGGAGAUUAUAUUGGAAUUGGAUGAAAAACAUCUUGAGUAGAUGAGUAUUCCUUUAGGACAUAAACUUAAAAUAUUGAAGAAAAUUAAGGAAGUAAGGAAGGAUAGAGGUUUAUCUGUGCCAGACAGUAGAUAAGGAGAAAGAUAACAUGUAGUUAAGCAUUAAAAUUUAGUUAGCUCUGAAACAAAUACUAAUACUACAAUGACUACAUCUUUUAUCGAUACGAGUUAGCCGAGGAAAGAAAAGAAAAAAGUAGCAUUUGCUGACGAGCCUAAUGUGAUGACUGGUGGUGUUGGUACUGAUAAUUAAGAUAAAGUCAAGAAAGUUAAUAAUGCUUCUAGUGAUACGAGUACUGGAAAUACUUUACUAGAAGGAGAUUAUGAUGAAUAAGCUGCUCAUAAUCAAUUCUUAGAAGCACUCAAUGCUUGGCGUAAUGCAGGAAAGAAGAAAGAGGAGCCAACUAAUGUAGAGAGUGCAGAUAAUACCAAUAAUGUUGGAACAGACAACAAUUCGUCCACACCUGUAAUCAAAUCUGAGGAUCAAAUUUAAAACAAGGAAUCUUCGCCUCCUAAAAAGAAAAAUUUCUUGUUGAACUUAGGUGAGGACGAUGAUAAAGGCUGGGUAAUGGACUAUAACUUCGCCUAAUUCGAGGAAAAAGAGAUCUUACCAGAUGAGGGUCUCUAAGAUACUAGGUAUGCGAAAAAGGAAAGCUGCUGGAAUUGUUAUAAAAUGUUUCCAAACACUGGUGGAACAGCUGAUCCUGUUUCGUAAAGAUAAAACACAGUUGUCUGCAAUAACGCUAAUUGCAAAAAGAAGAUUAAUAAAUCAAUGGCUAGUUACUUACAGACUAAAUGGUAUUGUAAUGGAAAGUGCGUUGACUUAGAGUCAAAGCGUGACUUAGGCGACAAGAGUAUAGAAUUUUAUAAAAGAAGUGGAGAUAGCGAAGAAGAUGUAGGUGAUGACGACUUUACACAUAACUCCAUCUUAUUAGUCAAGCCUACUUAAUAUUAGAACAAAAAGCAAACUUUCAGCGUUAUUGAAAUUCAUAAUCAAAGUGAUUAUCAGUGCUAUCAAUAGCUGGUGUUUCCCCAAGCACCCUAUUCUUUUAGACAAAGCGGUAAUCCUACAAUCUCUGAUAGAAUCUAGGACUCUCCUCAGUGCCAAUACUUUGUAGUCAAGAACAACAACUCAAACGUAUUUAUUAAUAGAAAUGACCUAUUGUUUUAGAAUGUUUUCUCCAGCUAUAGUAAAUCAAUAAAUGACUUGUUCAAAGGCAGUUAAAACCUAACUAACUUCAGUAUAAUCAUUGAUAAUACAAAUCUGAUAUGGAAGAUAUAGAAUGAUUAUCAAAUAAGGUUGAAACAUAAAGCUAAUGAAAAUAAUCUAGUCUUAUUAGCUAAUUAAUAUGGAGAAAGUGCCGAUUUUGACCUUGAUUAGUUUUAGCUUUACAGUGCAGAUAGAGAAGGGCAUGAUAAAUACUAAAGCAAUUAAAGCAGAAGAAUACUUUAUGAGUCUCCAAUAUUGACUGAAGAUAAUGAUAAUUCCCAGCUGACUUAAUUAGAGGCUUUACAACCGAUUUAGCUAAGAUCAAGUAUAAAAGUAGUUUAUAAUGUGAGUGACAAGUAUUUCAUUCUAACUGUAACAUUUGCAUCACUUAUUGUAGUCUUGAUCGCAGUUCUAAUAACUAUCGUCGUGCUUUACAAGCGUAAAAGACAAGAAUACAAGAACUUUCUCAAGCAUAAAGAAAAGAAAAUGAAGGGAGACUAUAAAAAAUAUGAAUACUUAGAUGGGGAAAAUGAGACGAAUUAGGAAGGCAAUAAUUAAAAUGGCUAAGCAAACGUGGCAAAUAAAAACUAAAAUCAGAGUACUCCACAAAAGAUCCGUGAUGAAUUGAAUACUGAGACAGAUGAUAAUGUAGGAGAAGUCAGAUUUACUACACAGACUAAUAACAAUGCGAAUAACAACAAUAACCUUAAUAGCAAUGCUCUACGAACACUUGAGAAUGAACUAGAUCAGAUGUCGUUCUAAAAGAAUAAUAACGAAUACCUCAGCUAAAACGGAGAUGACUAAGGUUACUAUCCAAAGCAAUAUGUGCGCAAGCAAUUAUAGCCCUAGAAUCAAUACAGACUAAUAGGAAGUAAUUAGAAUAGAAUUAAUGACUUCAACAGCAAUGCUGGGAGAGUCUCUGGUAUGACUGCAAAGCUAAAGUAAGCAGAGAACGGAGGGGAUAGUUCAAAUUAGUUAACCAGAAAGUUAACAAGGAGCAAAAAUAAUCCACAGGGCAUUUAUUACAUUGACGAUGACAGUGAUUGA